GUGGCAGCAUUAGGCUGGUAAAUGGGAACAGUAGCUGCCAAGGCAGAGUGGAAGUGUUGUACCAAAACAGCUGGGGAACUGUGUGUGACGAUGACUGGGAUUACAACAAUGCUCAGGUGGUGUGCAGGCAGAUGGGCUGUGGACCAGCCAUUAUUGCUACAACCUUGAGUUAUUUUGGCUAUGGCAGUGGCCCCAUCCUACUUGACAAUGUUGAUUGUGAUGGUACAGAGAAAGAUCUUACAGACUGCUUCCAUCUAGGCUGGGGCCAGCAUAACUGUGGACAUCAUGAGGAUUCUGGAGUUAUAUGUCAAGGUGAAUAA